AUGCUGCUGCUGAAAUUCCUCCAUUAUAAGUGUUAAUCUCAAUAACAGGUUAACUUUUUUAUAAAUUCCAAGCUUUUAUUGUGCCAUCCCAGCCUGUAGAAAUUAACUAAACUUGCUCAAUAUUUUCCAUAGAGCUAGGAUUUUAAAUUGAACUAUUUGGCAGUUUUAAUGCUUCUUGUUGAUGUUAAGACACUGAAAUUACUGAAGAAAUUGGAUUUAAAUGAGCAAAUAUUGACUAUUCUAAUUAAAUUUAAGUAAUUGUGUCUUCGUAAAUAGAGUUAAAGUUCACUUUUGGUGGUUGUAAUUCGUAAUCCAAAGACAAAUUAUCCAUUUUGGCAGGAAAAGCAUUUAAAGAAAGCUUAUUAAAUAUUUAUUGCAAAUCUAUUUGUAUGUUUUCAAAGUUAUUGCGAAUAGAAUCAGUAUUUAUAAGAUUUAAUUGUUACUUUUCUUAAAGAUCCUCACAAAUUUUUUCUAAAUGUGGAAUUUUAUGAAUGA